CUGUCACGCUGACAGUUGCCAAAGAGGUUAAGUUGCAAUGUUGAAAUUAAAAAUACAAAUUUACCAGUAAUCUAGCUGUGAUAAUGUCGAUACGUGUAAACCUUAUCACUUAGAAAAAUUCAAACUCCUUGUGAUACACACCGCUACUUAAUGAAGCAUCAAAUUAAUGGAACCAAAUCACUUACGCAUGCAACUUCUCUCCGACGACGAGAUGGGUUCCUCAAAAGAUUGGAGAAAAGCACUACGAGCACAGCCCGCUUACAGAAUCGUCAAUCGAACGAUACGUGGCCAGACGCAGUUCAUUUCGAUAGUGGCGUUCAUCGGACUGUUUGUUUUGAUCAUUUUGUACAUGUUCCCCAGGAAAGGGGGCAGCUCGGGCAGCGUGCUGAGAAGUAGCAGUUAUAAUUACACGUAUCCUUUGACUAGUCCUAUUAAAACUAGUUCCAUGCAUACGUUUCGGAUAGGUGUUAUUGCUGAUUUGGACACUAAUUCGAGAAGUGACAGUGACAAGAAUGAGUGGUAUUCACACUUUAUGAGGGGGUAUUUGAGCUACAGUCCGACUAGGCACACUGUGGUGGUCACGUGGGAUCGCACUAGUCCGAUUAGACUUACUACGAGCUACUCACAUAAAGGAAGGGGGAUGGAAUUGUCGGAGUUGGUUGUUUUCGAUGGGAGGUUGUUGACGUUUGAUGAUCGGACGGGGUUGGUGUUUGAGAUUAUAAAUGAUAAGGCGAUUCCAUGGGUGCUGCUGAUGGACGGAGAUGGCAAAAACACCAAGGGUUUCAAAUCCGAGUGGGCCACCGUCAAAGACGAGGUUUUAUACGUGGGCUCCAUGGGAAAAGAGUGGACAACACCCAGUGGACAAUUAGUAAACCACAACCCCCAGUUUGUGAAAACCAUAACGACGAAGGGUCAAGUGACUCAUCUGAAUUGGGUGGAUGAGUUUAAGCGCCUCCGGGAAGUCCUGGGCAUAUACUGGCCCGGCUAUAUGAUCCACGAAAGUGGCGUAUGGUCCGAUGUUCACCGACGUUGGUUCUUUUUACCAAGACGAUGCAGUAAAGAGCAAUACAACGAAUCCUUGGACGAACACAGAGGGUGUUCGGUUUUAAUAAGCACAAAUGAGGAUCUCUACGAUGUUAAAACAACCCAAAUUUUGAACUCCAAACCCACGAGAGGUUUCUCCAGUUUCAAAUUCAUCCCGUCUUCAGAAGAUCAGGUCAUUGUGGCCUUGCGAACCGAAGAACUCGACGGCAAGACCUCAACUUACAUCACGUCCUUCACAAUCCACGGCGAAGUAUUACUAGACGAUUUUUAUAUGUCCGAUUUGAAGUACGAAGGACUCGAGUUCAUUUAGCAUUCCUUACAUAGAACAUUGUACAUGCAAUUUUGUAAUAUAUUUGUAAAUUAUUGUUUAUUUAAAUAAAAAAUCACGAUUC